AUGUUAUCUCGUGCAUCAAUUCGUGCUUACAGCUCUAUACCAAACUCAGUCAAAAUUGCAGCCAAAGAAUCUGCCACUGACUUGACUAAAUUAUCAGUUAUCAUCAACAAUGCUGGGUCAAAAACUGGUAAACUGGGUGUGUCCCACUUAUUAUCCAAAUUCACCUUUUUAAACAAUGGUGCCAAAUCUGCUUUGAGAUUUACUAGAGAAUCUGAAUUAUUAGGGGGAACUUUCGAAGCCAAAGUUACCAGAGAUGCUUUGAUUUUAAACACUUCAUUUUUGAAACAAGAUUUACCAUAUUACGUUGAAGCUUUGGGAAAUGUCGUUUCAAACACUCAGUUCACUCCACAUGAAUUUAAUGAAGUUGUUUUGCCAACUGCUAAUGUUGAGGCCAAAUUGGCUGAUGCUAACCCAGCUUUCAAAGGUGUUGAAAAAUUGCAUGAAAUCACUUUCAGAAGAGGUUUGGGUAAUCCAUUAUUUUACAAUGAAUCUACCCCAAUUAAAGUGGAAGAAGUUGCUCAAUUUUCUAAAGAUCAAUUUUCUGGUGAGAAUAUUUCUAUCGUUGCUGAAGGUGCUAAUGAAGAAGAUUUGACUAAAUUUGUUUCAGAAUCCGCCUUCUGUUACUUACCAUCAACUUCUUCUAAUGGUGCCAAAGCUCUCCCAACCAACACUUUUACUGGCCAAGAAGCUAGGGUUUCAUCUGCUGGUGCUUCUUCUGCUUUGAUUGGUAUUCCAGUCAAACCAGCCGAUUUCGGUAAAUACGAAGUCUUGUCCGCUGCUAUUGGUACUUCAACUUUGCCAUCUACUUCCACUCCAUUAGCACAAAUCCCAGGUGCCACUUCCCACUUGUACAAAUACCAAGAUGCUGGUUUGUUUGUUAUUUCAGUUUCUGGUGAAGCUUCUCAAGUUGCACAAGGUAUUAAACAAGCCAAAUCCGUUGCUGAAUCAGUUUCUUCUGCAGCUUUAUCUGAUGCUGUCAAAGCUGCCGAAUUAUCUGUUGCAUUACAAUCAACUGUCGACUCCCCAUUAAAUGUUAAAGCUGUUGCUGAAAAAGCUCCAAUUUCCAAAUUCAACUAUGUUGCUGUUGGUAAUCUUGAUGUGUUACCAUAUGCUGAUGAAUUGUAA